CGUCCGACCAUCAGAGACGUCCGCGCCAUCGCCGUCAGCAAGGCAGAUCCGGCAGUCCAGGAUGGGCAGCUCAACGUGCAGUCUUUUAUCGACGCUCGCUCCUUCGAGCUCAAGGCCCUGACAGAAAGCAUGCGCCGCACAAAGGCCUCGAGCACGAGCCGGGCCUUCCAGAUUGUGCCCAUCACUCUGCGCCGGCGGACGGCAGCGCACAACCACAAGCGCGUGCCAAAGAGGUUGCAGCCCCGAGCCAAGAGGGAGAUGGUCCAGGACAACACACCGACAGUCAACUCGAAGACGAGGAAGCCGGGAUCCACGCGCAAUCGGCUGAGAGCAGAGAAUGCGCGCCGACUGGGGCUCCUGGCCAAGCGGAAAAAGCUGCUCAAGUCCGAGAAGCCUGGUCUGGACAAAAAGACGCUGUCACUGAGGGCUGCCAGGCCCAAGAUCCGCAGGAACACGCUCAACGACCCGGUAGUGACGAACCGCAAGUUCAGGAGGCGACAGAUCAACAAGACCUGGCUGCCAACGCACCUGUGGCAUACGAAGCGAGCAAGGAUGACGGAGCCCUCCAAACCUCUAUGGAGGUUCGCCAUCCCCCUGACUCCUUCAAACAAGUCAUACAGGCCUACACACCGUGCUCAGUUUGAUCGCGGCGCUCUAGCAUGGGAUAUGAGCUACAUCAGCACCAUCGGUCUAGCUGGCCGACUGAGCGGCGUGCGGAACGUUUUGAAGGCCAUCGGCCUGAACCACGACAGGCUGUGGGACGACAGAGGAGAGCGGUGGCGUGCCGGUGCUGUGCACUGGACCGGUCUGCUCAAGAAGCAAGUAGCAGGCGCGGCAACCGUAAUUGCGCCGGCCACCGUCAUCUGGAACCCCGUCGGGCCAUCCGAAAGCGGUGACGACGACAUGGAGAAGCAGCAGAGACGGCUCUUCAUUCGCGUGCAUCCAUCGGCAUUUUUCGACACUUUUGACGAGCUUCUGCGCUUAGCAAGGACCAACAACCCGCGCCCAUAUGUGGAAGACCUACGCUACGAGAUAGGGGCCAUCGACCUGGUAGGUCCCAGUUCGACCGAAGCUCUGAUGGCCAUCUUGAAGCCUCAUGCAGAGGACACGGCGAAGUCCCUAGGCGAAAAGUUUCAAACGCUGUUUGGGCUCAAAGACCCGGCGUCUCUGCCUUUGGGCUCCAUGUUCGCUUUCUCGGCAGCCGAUCCACGAUUGCGCUAUCCGUUCCUGCCCCGACGCCAUAUCACUACCACGGCCGAGGGCGAUGCCCAGGCGCGCAACAAGCUGUAUGAAGUGCUCAGCACCUUCCACAAAGAACCGGCAGGUGGCGCAAUGGCUCUUUUCGAUCGCGAUGCUCGCUUCAAGGCAUCACGACUCCCUUCCCAAAAAUCUAUAAAUCGUCGCAAAAGCAAAGGAGCUCCUGGCGCACCGCUCAAGACAACUCCUGAGGAUCCUGCGAUACCCGUCAUAGUCCUCGCAUCCCGCCAUCCCACCGACCCGCAAGCACCCGGCGUAUGGUCGGUCCUGCUGCCGUGGAAGUGCGUGUUGCCGUUCUGGUAUUGUCUGAUGCAUUACCCAUUAUCAACUGGAGGCAACCCCCAGUUCGGUGGGUUGGAUGAGCUUCGCCAGCUAUCGUUCGAGCGCGGCCUCCCGUGGUUUCCUGGAGAUGUGCCGGGCACGAAGGCUGGAAAUGCCUGGGAGCUCGAGCAACGCGACCUCAGACUCAAAAAGUGGCAGCGCAUGCCGAAAGGCAAGCGGCACAACUAUGAAACGCUUAAUCUUGGAGGCGGGCGCAAAGGCGAGAUCGGUCCAGGCUGGAGCUGUGCUUUCGAGCUGCUCUUCCCGGGGAAUGGGGCCGACGAGAUACCAGGAAACUCAGCCACGGCUGAACUUGAUGUGGACAUGGAGGAUGCCGAGCCCAAGGCAGCUGGUCCAGUCUCCGUACCCUCAAACGACAAUCCUCUUGGAAAAUUGUCAUUCUUGCCAAAGUUGGCCUUCAACACCUUGUUGCAACAAGACUCUGGGAUGCAAAUUUCUACGGGGAACCUUGUUACAAUCAAGAUCCGUAUGAUCACUAAAGGCACACCUCUAGCCUGUGCACGGAUCUAUCGGCUGCCAACGGACUUCAAGCGCCUGGAAGCCACCCUAGAUCAAGAAUCGGCAAUGGAUGCUGAUGGGCCGGUUUCGAAACCAGGGUCUGCCGACGUCCCCGCCAGCUUCCCCGUCUCAGACCAACAGCAAUCAUUCAGCAAAGCUAUACCUGCAGGACAGCUUCACGAGCAAUGGCUGUCGCUUCUUCCCAAUCACAACAGGAAGAAGCCUUACCCCAACGAGAACAACAACUUCAAUGGCGCCGCCGCCACCACCGUAGCCAAAGCUAGCAGACAGAGGCCCUUGACAGUCGAAGAUCGCCAGCGUCUCAUCGCGCAGCAGCUCACCGCGCCCCUUGCGGCGUCUCCGGCCUCAGCCGCGCGAAGCGCCGGUACAGGACAGCCGAUAUGCCCCGACGCACACGACCUCAUUGGCUUCGUGACCAAGGGCGAGUUCAACCUACGUGACGGCCGCGGCGAAGGCAUUGGCAGUCUGUCUGCCGUCCUGGCGGCGGAGGAGUUGCGGCGAUAUGCUACCGCCGGAGGAGGAAGAGGAGCUGCUGGUCUGGGCGACAUCGCUAGCCGGCUCUGCGUAGUGCGCAAUGUGGGCGAGGACGUUGGGCGGCUGGCGAGAUGGGAGCUCGUG